CCAGGAGGGAGUCAGCCUAUUUGUAUGCGGACUCCCUCUUCCUCCAUCUGGGCUGCUGCUGUUGCACUUGACUGCUAUAACAUCUCUGUGAUGGAAAUCUGAUUGGCCUCCAUUGUUUGGGAUUGUACUUGGCACGUACCUAUGGCUAUUGAACAACACUCAACUUGUAUUAACAUGAGUUUUCCUGUUGAAGUAGCAGUUGUUGCCCAAACAGGAUAUUUUCCCACAGUAUAUGAAGGCUCCAGACUGAUUAAUGUUAGCAAAGAGACACUGUAGAUUUCCCACCAUUCAUGACUCCAAAAAAAAACUAGAUUCAAGCUUACUGUAUUUUCUCUCAAGAUGAUAAAUGUUCUGUGAAACUGACCAACCUGCUCAGGAUGUGCUACCUCAAUGGGGAUUUUCAUGGAACUUUUUCAAAUGUAGAAGUUCUGGAAAAGUGAGCUGUCCUUCAUAACUCAAAAGCCAUAGAGCUAACUACUAAAUGUAAUUCUUAAUAUUUACUCACUGUGCCUUUUUGACGCUAGAUACGCAAUCCUGUUGGCCAGAAUUUUCCAUUUGGAAUGAGGUAGCUUAGAUUGUCAGACCACCAGGUCCUUGAUCGGUUGCUGGCAGUGUCAACUGUUCUCAUUCAGAUCUCUGUGUUGACAUGUUUUCACCAGCCAAGGCACCAAAGGACCAAGUCCCCUAGAUCUACUCUGUGGUGGUGACGUGAGUGACACACUGCAGAUAUAUCUGUCGUGAUGGCCUUUUCCUCUGGAAGUCCUGUUUCUGUUACACCGCUGAGGUGUGAUGACCCCUAGUGGAGUAGUGAACACAUUGCUCUGUGGAGUUUAAAUGAAAAAUAUCUCCAUGAACAGUGCUCUCUGUAGCAUCAGUUUAUUGAAUAAUGAGGAUUGAUCUAUCAAAGUCAAACAACCAUUUAAAAAUUAUUCCUAAGCACCAUUGUAACAGGAGAGGACGAUUAUUGACAGAAUUGAGGAAUUCUGAAUUUGAAUUGAUUUAUAGUCAGUGUUAAAGGCGGGUCUCAGUGACCGUCUCUGACAGAGUAACCACAGUCUGUGUCUCCUCUGGCUGCCUGCUCAGAUUAUUUUUACAGCAAAGUAAGGACUCCACUACCUCUCUGGGGCCCUUAGUCAUGAAGAUGUAGAGGAACGGGUCCACUAGAGGACUCAGAUACAGCAACAGAUUGGCAAUCAGCCCUAAGUAGCAUACUUCCUCCUUCAACGACUCGAGCAGAAUGUUCAGAAUGAAGGGAAGAAACAGCACGGUAUAAUUGGUCAGGAUUGCCGCCAGUACACCCACAGACCUUUUUUUCUCCGCUGUAGAAGUUGACCUGAAACAUAGCAACACUCUCCACGAGUCGAGGAAGAAAAACAACAGAAAAGGGAAGGGAGUGAGAAGGGCCACUGCAAACCAGAACAAGUAUUUAAACACUGCGAGGGCCAGAACAGCAGAGGGCGCUCCCCACAUAGCCAGAGAGAUGAUGGAGGACUGUUUAAGCUUGCUGCAGCAGCUGUAGCACUGGGGGUACGCCACCAGCAGGUGUCGCUCUUGUGCAAUGCAAACCAUAAAAGUAAUGUUGGAUAUGAUGCCAAAAUAGAAGAUCAGGGUAGCAGUGUCAGCCGAUAGGAUACUCCCAGUGGCAGCCUGUGGUCUUCCAAUGAAACUGAAAAUGUCUGAAACAAGAAGGCUGAUGACAUGGACAGGAACAGGGUUGGGACCCUUGACCAGGUUCUUCAUUGUGUAAAGGGCCAAUCCAAUGGCAGGUAGCCCAAUGGCAAAGGUUAUCCAGCCAAUGACCUCAGCAACACGGUCAAAAGUAGUGUCGGUGUUGUUUGUGUUGUUGUUAACAGACCCUAUAUUCAUAUCUUUAUCCAUGGGGUUCUGGUCAUUUGAGGUGGUUUAUGAUAUGUUGUUGUGGUGUUUAGUUGCAUUUACCGGUAUAGUCAUUUUGUGACCGUGUCCUCAUCUUUCACACACUAGAAUGACAGCAACAGGAAGAAUGUAUUAAACACCUUUUGGAAGGAGGAUGUGUACAACAUUUUAAAUAUCACAUUUGUUUAGUCUGUCAGUGACAGCCUAUAGUACAUUCUAGGCUACAAACAGAACAUAGGCAUUCUCCCAAUAUCACUUCUAUGUCACUCUACUUGUCUUCUUUAUUAAGACCAUGGUCUAACUGUUGCUUAAAGGCUACUCAUAUACUUCUGUCUCGUGUUCAUGGAUAUUUUAUAUUUAAAAUGUUUCCUGAAUUCCAUUCAUCCCCAUAGCAUUUAGAUCCUUUGGUAUUGCCUCCCCCUGCCAAAAAUAGACCGAGAUAAUCCAUGACCUUACCUGAAGUAGCUUUGGAGAGAACCGCAUGGAAAGAGCGUUGUGAGUUCCUCCUCAGUGUGUUUUACCUUGCUGUUGAUGGGUGAACGUAAAUUACUGUACCUGGAUGAUCCCCACAGUAGAUGAUGCGUCUGGUACCAGGUCCGUGCUAUGAAUUGGAUUGAUUUGCUUUUGGCUUUUUUAUAUACAUGUUUUAUUGGUGCUGAAUAGCAUGGUCACUUAUCUUCCUAGAACUGCUAGAUAAGCGGUUUCACAGAAGCUAUACAGACUCACAUUUCCCUAAGUUCCAGUUGAGCUAUGCUGAUGGUAAUGAAAAGAGUCAAUUUGCAUUUUGUACUUUGCUCAGUCUAUAAGCCAGGGCCUAGUUCCUCCUAACAGACACUGAUGUCAUUUAAAGACAUUCCUGGAACAUAUCAAUGAAUCUUAAAGAAGCUCAGUCAUCCUAACCAACUACACUCAAGAGUGGUUGAACUCAUUAACUUUCCUGUCAAAGAACUACAGUACCAGUCAAAAGUUUGGACACACCUACUCAUUCAAGGGGGUUUCUUUUUCUUUUUUUGUUUUCUAUAUUGUAGAAUAAUAGUGACGACAUCAAAACUAUGAAAUAACACACAUGGAAUCAUGUAGUAACAAAAAAGUUUUAAACAUCAAAAUAUAUUUUAGAUUCUUCAAAGUAGCCACCCUUUGCCUUGACAGUGUUGCACACUUGGCAUUCUCUCAACCAGCUUCACCUGGAAUGCUUUUCCAACAGUCUUGAAGGAGUUCCCACAUAUGCUGAGCACUUGUUGGCUGUUUUUCCUUCACUCUGCGGUCCAACUCAUUCCAAACUGUGUUGAGGUCGGGUGAUUGUGGAAGCCAGGUCAUCUGAUGCAGCACUCCAUCACUCUCUUUGGUCAAAUAGCCUUUACACAGCCUGGAGAUGUGUUGGAUCAUUGUCCUGUUGAAAAACAAAUGAUAGUCCCACUAAGCACAAACUAUACAGGAUGGCGUAUCGCUGUAGGCGUAUCGCUGGUAGCCAUGCUAUUUAAGAGGGCCAUGAAUUUAAAAUAAAUCAGACAGUGUCACCAGCAUAGGAACCAUCACACCACCUCCAUGCUUCACGGUGGGAACCACACAUGCAGAGAUCAUCCGUUCACCUACUCUGCGUUUCACAAAGACACGGCGUUUAGAACCAAAAAUCUCACAUUUGGACUCAUCAGACCGAAGGACAGAUUUCCACCGGUCUAAUGUCCAUUGCUCGUGUUAAUUGGCCCAAGCAGGACUCUCCUUAUUAUUGGUGUCCUUCAGUUGUGGUUUCUUUGCAGAAAUUCGACCAUGAAGGCCUGACACUGAAGCAUUUAUUUGGGCUGCAAAUUCUGAGGCUGAUAACUCUAAUGAACUUAUCCUCUACAGCACAGGUAACUCUGGGUCUUCCUUUCCUGUGGUGGUCCUCAUGAGAGCCAGUUUCAUCAAAGCGCUUGAUGAUUUUUGCGACUGCACUUGAAGAAAUUGUCAAAGUUCUUGAAAUUUUCCGUAUUGACUGACUUUCACGUGUUAAAGUAAUGGUGACUGCCGUUUCUCUGCUUAUUUGAGCUGUUCUUGACAUCUUGGUAUUUUACCAAAUAGGGCUAUCUUCUGUAUACCACCCCUACCUUGUCACAACACAACUGAUUGGCUCAAACACAUUAAGAAGGAAAGAAAUUCCACAAAUGAACUUUUAACAAGGCACACCUGUUAAUGAAAUGAAAUGGAUUCCAGGUGACUACCUCAUGAAGCUGGUUGAAAGAAUGCCAAGAGUGUGCAAAGUUGUCAUCAAGGUAAAGGGUGGCUACUUUGAAGAAUCUCAAAUAUAAAAUAUUUAUUUCACACUUCUUUUUCUUUUUUGGUUAGUACAUGAUUCUAUAUGUGUUCUAUCAUAGGUUUGAUGUUAUCCGUAUUAUUCUACAAUGAAGAAAAUAGUCAAAAUGAAUGAGUAGGUGUGUCCAAACUUUUGACUGGUACUGUAUGUGAGCCCACAAUUUCAACAUUAGUGACAAGGAAGUCAUUUCUCUGAAGUAUUUGCACAAUAUUUAGUUUGUUGCAUUUGUGUGUGGCGGCGGACUGUUCUCACGUUUCAUCAUUGUCUCAACAUACUGGUUUUAAGUCUGAUGGACCUAGACAUUGUGACUGACCUAUAAAAGUAUGGUGGAAUAUCACUAGUAAGUUUGUUUUUUUAUUCUCAAGUAGCUGCCUGUACUACAGCACAUCAAGUCUGUGAAUAUAAAACUAACAGCUUCUUCACCCAAAAUGGUGUAUGCAUAUUAUAAGAUGUGUCCAUGAAGUGUAUUAUGUUAUACGUCAGAUGUAAUAUUCCUGUUGUCAUUCUGAAAUACAGUGAAGUAGAAGCUUAGUGUGGAGUGGAUUAGGUCCGGGAUCUUUUAACCACUGUUAAUAAUGUCAUAUGAUCUCCCUAGCAAAUCAGCUAUCAAAGACUGACAAAUGCUGUAGUACAACAAAUUGUGCAAUGAGUUUUGACAUCCUGGAAUGGUGGACUUCCUGUCUCAGUAUUUAAGGCUCAGACGUACAUGCUGCAUUGUCACUGGGUGUGCCCCGUGAGUAUCUGUGCCGUUAAAAAAUAAUAAUAAUUACUGGACAAUUUUUUGCAGGUUUCUAACUUGCAUUUACACUUCCUGAUAAUUUGUUGAUUUGAUAGGAGCUACAAGACAAACGCCAAUUCAUCUAAAUUAACCUCCAGUGUAGGCACAGCAGGAAAAUAUUAAGGACCUUGAACUUGGAAUCUGAAGAACCCUGCCAUUCACUAGUUCCUGCAACAACAAGCACCAUCAAGGAUGGAAGCAAGCCUCAACAAUAUUUCGGACGACAUCGCAUCAAAUAGGACCCUCAUUGAAACCAUUGUACAGUGGACAACAUUCUCCAUUGGUUUUCCUCUGAUCUGUCUGUCCAUUUAUGCCAUGUACUUCCUGAUCAGAGCUGAUCACAUCGCUCCAGUCUAUGUUAUCAACCUUCUUAUUGCAGAUCUCAUUCAAAUUUGCAUGAGGCCAUUCAUACUGUCUGGUACCUGGCAAUUUAUAGUAGAAUUGAUUGAAUUCUUUGGUAUCAGUGCAAGCAUUGGUUUCAUGGUAUGUGUUGCUCUCGAGAGAUAUCUUAUGAUUGCAUUUCCUCUCUGGUACCGUUUUCGCCGUAACAUCAAAUUCUCGCUCAUAGUGUCCUCUAUUAUCUGGGUGUUUCCUUUCAUCCAAAUCUCCAUAUUUUACAUCACACCGAAUUUUGAGAUUUCACUUAUUUUGUUUGCAGUUAACCUCCUCAUACCCUUUCCACUGCUUGUAUUCUUCCUUGUGGGCACGUUGAAAGCUCUGUCCGUCUCCAUCUCUGUGCCAGCUGUCGAACAGAGACGGAUUAUUGGUACCCUGGCCCUUGUGCUGGGCAAUUACACAGUCCUGUUCCUACCCCUCAUCAUACAAUAUCUGAUAUCAGGGGUAACAGGCCAACACAAUGUGGAGAUUGGGACAAUCUUUGAGAGAUUCAGCCCCCUUGUGGAUCCUCUACUCUAUGUGUUCAUGAGAAAGGGAGCUAAGGACACUCUGGCCUUCCCCUGCUUCGACAAGUUCAUGGGUGACCAGGAGCAGAGUCAGGUCACAAACACUAUGACCAUGACGGAUAGUGGAGUAGAAGGCUCCAGGUAAGACAGAUCCAAGAUAAUGGACUGUAUCUGUAUGAUUCACUAUGUAUAACUCCAAUCAACUCCUUAAAAUUAUUGGAUUGAAAUGUUGUCAAAAAAGCGGUGAAUUGAGAGCUUUAACAGUGUGCGGCCUUGUUCUUUUCUUUGUUAAAAUUAUACCUUACGGGCCUCCCGAGUGGCGCAGUGGUCUGCUUUAGGCGUCACUACAGACCCGGGUUUGACUCCAGGCUGUGUCAUAACCGGCCGUGACCUGGAGUAUCCCAUGGGGCGGCACACAAUUGUCCCAGCAUUGUCCGGGCUAGGAGAGGGUUUGGCCAGGGGGGAUUUACAUGGCUCAUCACGCUCUAGUGACUCCUUGUGGCGGCCCGGGCGCCUGCUCGCUGACUUCGGGAGCCAGUGAACGGUGUUUCCUCCGACACAUUGGUGCAGCUGGCUUCCGGGUUAAGCUGGUGGGUGUUAAGGAGUGCGGUUUGGCGGGUUAUGUUUCACGAAAUUGGGGAGGAAAAAGGAGGUUAAAAAAUUUAAAUAAACCUACUUUACUUUUAUUGUUGUAGUUAAAAUGUGAAGAUUACAUGCCUUGCUUUUUAAUAUACAAUGCAUAACAUACUGUAUUGUACACAGCCCUAUUCUGCAUUGCACUAUCUUUGUUGGGCUUGUAUUGCCGCUUUUCAGAAAAAUAUGGACUUCUUUCCUUCAAUAAAUUGAUCAUGUGGAUAUUUGA